AGAACCCAAUGAUAACAGUUCGUGACCUCGUAUAAAGCAUUUCUUAGGUAUAUAAAGGCGAAAUGAUUCAGAUUGUAUUUAGUAUUUUUCUUAAAGUUGUGCGAAUAACCAACUAUGAAGCUGAUAAUAUUGAUAACUAUAAUUGCUUUCGUUCACGGAAACCAAGAAGUGGAAGUACUAAAAGAUAAUGUGCACAAUGCAUCCCAACUCGUAGUCGACUACCAAACCAACACACUGUUUUUCAGUCACUCUUCUUUGUUCGAAGGGAAAACAGUUCUUAAAUCCGCUUACUUGAACCUUAACACUAAAGAGUUCGGAGAAAUAUCCGGCAUCAAUUCGGGCGUAGCUACUGCAUAUGAUAGAAGCAAAAACGUUGUGUACCUUGGUGGACAGGAUGGGAUAUAUAAAUUUAAUCACGCAACGAAAUCUGCAAAGAAUUUGCGUAUCACAAAUUACAGCAUAAGGCAAAUGUUUCAUAGUCCCACCCACGGUCUUUUCUUCACGACUUUCAAUCCUGAAGAAAAAGCGUUUGUCUACUCCUACGGUCAAGUAGGAGAUAUUGUACCUGAACUGACCGACAUCAAAACAAGUUUAAUUGCAGACAGCAAAAAAUACAAUAUAUAUUUUGCUAAUUCCGCUGGCAUCUUUGUGCUGACAAAUAUCAAUGGAGUCUUGUUCAAAGUACAUUUACAUGUUAUUCCUGUUAAUGGAUUCGCAAGUGAUUUUGACGAUAGAUUGUACUUUUCAACUCCGAAUGCUAUUUUUUUCAUCAAUGAAAAUGGCGGAAUAUUGGAAGAAGUCUUCAGGGUGGAAGAAAGUGAAACUAUUUUGGGACUAGCUUUUACCGCAGACGGUAAUAUGAUCUACGCUUUAGAUGACAAAAUAAUGAUGAAAAAAAAAUAAUAAAAUUCAAAAGUAUAUAUUUUAUAGUUCUAAUAAUUAGUUUUAGAAAUAAACAGUUUUGCAAAUAAAUAAAUAUAUUUCUUUCAUGA